AUGUUAAUUCGCAGAGCACAAGAUAGCUCGUGCACAGAAGUAGGUAAAGAUGUGCGCGUUUUUGGUGCGCAGGGCGUGGUCAAAGAGCUGAUCUUGGUCGACCGACAGAAGGACAAGGUCAAAGGCGAGAUGAUGGACCUUCGCCACGGCUCCAGCUUCAUGCUGAAUCCGUUCAUCUACGCCGGCAGUGAUUACGCCGUGUGCGCCAAAUCGCGGCUAAUCGUCGUGACCGUCGGCGCCCGUAGGAAGCCGGGAGAGUCAAGACUGGCUUUGGUGCAGAAGAAUGCCGACAUGUUCAAGAAGAUAAUUCCCGAUCUGGUGAAGCACAGUCCCGAUUGCAUAUUACUGAUCGUCACCAACCCAGUGCCCGUCUGGUCCGGAGUGAACGUGUCUGGCGUGCGGCUCCGAGACCUGUAUCCUGAGCUGGGCACUCCAGACGACAAGGAAAAUUGGAACGAGGUUCACGAGCAGGUGAUAAAGAGGUGGACGUGCAUGACGUCACGUGGCGUGGAAGUGCCCGUCUGGUCCGGAGUGACGUGUCUGGCGUGGCGGCUCCGAGACCUGUAUCCUGCGCUGGGCACUCCAGACGACAAAGGAACAUUGGAACGAGGUUUGCACGAGCAGGUGACUAAAGAGGUGAUCAAGAUGAAAGGCUACACGUCCUGGGCCAUCGCGCUCUCCGUGUCUGCCCUGGCGCGCUCCAUUCUCUACCACAUGGGCCACACGUGCGCCGUCUCCACCGCAGCCAAG